UCCAUCUUGAAUGCAAAGAUAUUGGCUUGGGCCAAAUCUGAGUCGCUGUCUUGCUCCAGAUUAACUCCUCCCCUGCUUCACCCAAAAAACCCGGACUUCCAUUUCUCUGUAGAAAUAGAAAUGGCCAUGUCCAACUUCCUGUGCCCCACAGCCCCUCUUCGCCUCUCCCACAGACCCUUUAUUCACUCCUCCCCAUUCUCUCUAAACCACCAAUCUCUUCUCACUCUCACCCACCUCUCAACCAACCCAGUCAAACCCAGAAGACUCCUGACCACCCAAUCCAAGGGUGACGACUCAGUCGACGUCCCCGACCGCUUAAUCGCCGCCGUCUGUUACUUCUACCCCUUCUUCGACGGCAUACAAUACGGUAAAUAUGUGAUCACUCAGUUCACCGCCAUUCAAGCUCUGAUUAACCCCUUGGUGCCGGCUAUACGGGUCUUCAAGAGCUUCCCCUUUAAUGGGUUCUUGGUGUUUUUAACCCUCUACUUUGGUGUUGUUAGGAACCAGAACUUUAGUAGGUAUGUGAGGUUCAAUACCAUGCAAGUCAUUGUGCUUGAUGUGCUGCUCAUUUUCCCUGAUCUUCUGGAGAGGAGCUUCAAUCCCAGAGAUGGGUUGGGAUUGGAUGUGCUGAUGAGCUUGGAUAGUACCGUCUUCCUUUUCCUCUUGGUGUGUUUGAUUUAUGCGUCUUCUUCUUGCUUGUUGGGUCAGGUGCCCAGAUUGCCCAUUGUAGCUGAAGCUGCUGAUAGGCAAGUUCCUUGAGUUGAGCUCAUUCUUUUGUAGCAAAUUGUGGUGAUUUGUUGUCAAGGCAAAGUUCCUGGAGCUGUUUUGUAGCCAAUUGUGAUUUUUGGGUUACUGAUUAUGCUUAGCCACAAAAGGGUAGAAACUCAUGUUGUUGUUGUCAUUGCGCUUUAUAUGCUUUUGGAUUUUGACUGAAAUUGAUGACAUUAGAUUGGUUCAGGUACAAUUAAAGAGCUAUUUAUUACACUCUAUCAUUCUGCAAAGAGUUUAAUUCAUUG